UUCCAUCCUGGAGGUGUUUCUAGAGAGGGGAAUUCUGUAACAUCUGAACCUGUAAUUGCUCCUCCGUAUCACCAGAGGGAGCUCUCACCUGAAUAUUGAGACCGUUUCAUCACUUCCUGUUCAUGUCAAACAGUAUAAAUAGAGCACGUUUGUUUGGUUCCUUGUGAAGUCUUGCCAGCAUCACGUCUGCAAUUCUGAGCGUUUAUUAUCUUAAUUGAAUUUAAUUGAUCAUUGACCAUUGUUCUCAUUCUACCUGUUUUGCCCUUUUGUCUUGUGCUUUGGAUUGGUUUGCCUUUUUGUGCACUGACUGUAUUUUUACCCCUACCUGUCUUUUGGAUAUUGUCUCUUGGAUUACCCUUUGGAUUUGUUUGUUUGCUAAAUAAUUCAACAGCACAUGGAUCCUAAUCCCGGAAAGGGAAAGGAAGCCUUUUAAAGAAAGGCCAGACACGGACUAUGAUACUGCAUUAUUCAGAGAUAUGUUCCCAGAAAACCAGCCAGGUCCACACAUCAUAGACAAUCUUUCUACACUAAGAUCAAAGGUCAUGCAAAAGAAGAAGGCCAAACAAGCUUCACCCCCGAGUGAUUUUGAACUGAUGUCGAGCAUGAUGCAGAAGAUCUGUCAGCUUGAGAAAAAGGUCAAAACUCAGGCUAUAGAUAUAGAGCGCAGGGCACAAAGAAUUGCUGUUCUGGAAGAGAAACUGAGUCUUUUGCAAGAGGAAAAAGAGAAAUCUUUAAGUGAUGGGAACCAAGAUGAAGGAAUGGUUGCAAUGUGCCUCAGACUUCAAAAACAAGUCUAUGAAAUGGAGAGGUUUCUUAAUGAUUAUGGAAUGAUCUGGGUUGGAAGUGAAGAACAUGAUGUGCUGUAUCUUCCUGAGACUGAGCAAGCCAAGAACUCUGCAGGAGCUCCUGUGCACAGGAGGUUUGAAAUGAACUAUGACCUGGUCAUGCAAAACAUCCAAGAACUGAACAUCUUAGCAGGGGAAGGGGAGUCCCAUGUGACCUCCAUUCCUGGUGGGGCAAAACUGACACAACAGUCCUCCAUACCUCUAUGGCUCUACAAAAACGGCAUUGUCAUGUUCAGUGGACCAUUUCGGUCAUACCAGGACCCAACCACACAAGAAUGCAUGCAAGACUUGAUGGAUGGGUUUUUUCCUUCUGAGCUUCAGGAUAGGUUUCCUAAUGGUGUGCCCUUUCAGGUUCAUGACAAACGGGAUGAGGAGUUCUUUGUUCGGCAACUGUGGACUGAGUUUCCGGGAAAGGGACAAACUAUAAAUGGCGAAGGAGGUCAGUCAGCAGACAGUUCUGGACGGGCGAGAUCCAUAGCCCCAAAACAGACUCAGAUAACAGGCCAAAAACUAUCCAUGGAACAGUUCCUCAGGAAGCUCCCAGAGACUGUGGUGAAGGCAGGGAAAGUGAUCAACAUUCGGGACUCAGUGAAGGCCCAUCUACAGGGCUUCCCUGAUGGUGCCAAGAAUCAUUCGGCAACCAUUGUAGAAACACUUGUCCUGCAGGCCCUGAGGAAAAGUGAGGCAGACUCUUCGCUAGCAGCAAAAGACAUCACCACACUACGGGUGAAGUCAGAGGAUGGAGUGAAGAUGUUCAUCAUGAAAAUGUACUACACAGAGACCAUUGGAGAUCUGCGUCAUUACUUGGACAUGCAAAGAGGACCAGGUGCUGCGCCAUAUGACAUCAUUAGCGCAUUUCCACAGCAGUGCUACAGAGAUGACACCCUGACGCUCCUGUCCUGUGGUCUGACUCAAAAUGCGGCACUGCUUCUGCGCCCACAAGCUUCCACUCACAGACAGCACGGAAACGCAGAGAGGGCAACCCUUAACUAACACUUAACAUUUUCAGAUGUUAAUAAGUGAGGCCCAGACACUCCUGUUCAGUUUUUGGACUCCAAAUGCACCACCGCCCAUUUGUGCCAUUCCAUAAAAAGAAAUUUUAUAUAUAUAUAUAUAU